AUGGCCCGGAGCUGGCCAGUGUCCGUCCGAUGGACGCUAUUGCUCUUGGUGGUGAUAUUGGGAUGGCUUGUGGUCCCUGGAGUAACCGUGAAGCGCGAAAGCUUCAAAUACUGCUCGCAAUCCGGCUUCUGUAAGCGAAACAGGGCGUACGCCGACGAGGCCUCCGCCAAGGGCUCAUCCUGGAGCUCCCCAUACGAACUCGAACCCUCGUCGAUUCAAUUCAAAGACUCUCAGUUACUCGGAGUCAUCAUCAAGACAAUUUCCGCAAAUGAGAAAGUCCGCCUGCCACUCACAGUAUCCUUCCUCGAAUCCGGUGCCGCGCGAGUCGUGAUCGACGAGGAGAAGCGACUGAAGGGAGAAAUUGAUCUUCGACACAACAGUCAGGUCCGCAAAGAACGGUAUAACGAGGCUGAGAAAUGGGCUGUGGUUGGAGGAUUGGACUUGAGCAAGUCCGCGACGCUGAACGCCAAUACUGAGGAGGGCCUCACCAAGGUGCUCUACGGUCCCGGAAACUCAUUCCAGGCAGUCAUCCGUCACGCACCCUUCGAUGUGGAAUUUCAAAGGGACGGUGAAACACAUGUUCAGUUCAACAAACAGGGAUAUUUGAACAUGGAACAUUGGCGGCCGAAGUUGGAGCCCGAAGAAGAUAGCCCAGAGGACCAGAGCACAUGGUGGGAAGAGACCUUUGAUGGAAACACUGAUUCCAAGCCUCGGGGCCCCGAGAGUAUUGCUCUGGACAUCUCAUUCCCAGGCUACAGCCAUGUUUUUGGGAUUCCGGAGCAUGCCGACUCGCUUUCUUUGCGGGAGACCAGGGGUGGCUCUGGAAACCAUGAAGAUCCGUACCGCUUGUAUAAUUCGGACAUUUUCGAGUAUGAGUUAAACAGCCCCAUGACCUUGUAUGGCGCCAUUCCUCUGAUGCAGGCACAUCGGAAGGGCUCGACCGUCGGUGUAUUCUGGCUCAAUGCUGCCGAGACCUGGAUUGACAUUGUCAAGUCCAGCUCGUCUGUCAAUCCGUUAUCUCUGGGUGUGGGCUCCAAGACUACCACUCAUAGCCACUGGAUUUCGGAAGCUGGUCGGCUGGAUGUAUUUGUUUUCCUGGGGCCUACGCCCCGAGACAUCAGCAAAACCUAUGGAGAACUCACUGGAUACACACAGCUGCCCCAGCAGUUUGCUAUCGCAUACCACCAGUGUCGCUGGAACUAUGUCACAGAUGAAGAUGUCAAGGAAGUAGACGCCCAGUUUGACAAGUACCAAAUUCCUUAUGAUGUUAUCUGGCUUGACGUCGACUACACUGAUGACCGAAAGUAUUUUACCUGGGAUCCGAUGACAUUUCCUAAUCCCAUCAGUAUGGAAGAGCAGCUCGAUGAUUCGGAGCGUAAGCUUGUGGUCCUCAUUGACCCUCAUAUUAAGAAUGAGGAAGGCUACUUUGUCUCCGAAGAAAUGAAGAAACAAGGAUUUGCUGUUAAGAACAAGGACGGGAAUAUCUACGAUGGACACUGUUGGCCGGGCGCCUCCAACUGGAUCGACUGCUUCAACCCCGAAGCUGCCAAGUGGUGGUCCACGUUGUACAGGUAUGACAAGUUUAAGGGCUCAUCUCCGAAUGUCUUUAUUUGGAACGAUAUGAACGAACCUUCUGUUUUCGAUGGACCCGAAGUCACGAUGCCCAAGGACAACAUCCACUGGGGCAACUGGGAGCACCGUGAUAUCCACAAUGUAAACGGUGUGACCCUGCUGAACUCCACCUUUAAAGCGCUGACUGCCCGUAAGAAGGGCGAGAACCGACGUCCAUUCAUUCUGACUCGGUCUUACUACGCUGGAGCUCAGCGAGUGGCUGCCAUGUGGACCGGAGAUAACCAAGCCACGUGGGACCAUCUGGCUAUUACGCUUCCUAUGGUCUUGAACAAUGGUAUCUCUGGCUUCCCGUUUGCUGGCGCUGAUGUUGGCGGCUUCUUCCACAACCCGGGUCCGGAGCUCUUGACUAGGUGGUAUCAAACCGGUAUUUGGUACCCAUUCUUCCGCGCACAUGCCCACAUCGAGACCCGCAGGCGAGAGCCAUACCUGAUCAGCCGACCUCACCGCGACUAUAUUUCCCAGGCGCUUCGCUUGAGAUACCAGCUUUUGCCCGCGUGGUACACCGCUUUCCACGAAGCCUCCGUCAACGGGACUCCGAUCGUAAGACCGCAGUUCUACGUGCAUCCAACUGACGAGCAAGGUUUUACUCUCGAUGAUCAGCUCUACUUCGGAUCUACUGGUCUGCUGACCAAGCCUGUCGUUUCCGAGGGUGCAAACUCUGUGGACAUCUACAUCUCAGAUGAUGAGAAGUAUUACGACUACUUCGACUACACCGUUUACCAGGGCGCGAAGAAGAGACACACGGUUCCUGCUCCCAUCGAGAAGGUUCCGCUUUUGAUGCAGAGUGGUCAUGUCAUUCCCCGCAAGGACCGCCCUCGUCGCAGCAGCGGCUUGAUGAAGUGGGAUCCAUACACCCUCGUUAUCACUUUGGACAAGAACGGCGAAGCCGACGGCACCUUGUACGUGGACGACGGCGAAAGCUACGAGUACCAGCGUGGUGCUUACAUCCGCCGCAACUUCCACUUCCAGGACUCUGUCCUGUCUUCUCAUGACAUCGGUACCAAGGGCCCCAAGACCGCCGAGUACUUGAAGACAAUGGCCAAUGUUAAGGUGGAGAAGAUUAUUGUUAUUGAUCCUCCCAAGGAAUGGCGGGAUAAGGUCAGUGUGACCAUCAUCGAAGACGGUGCUACGACGGGAACUACUGGCUCGAUGCAGUACUUCUCCCAGUCGACUGGAAAGGCUCCGUAUGCUAUCGUGAAGAAGCCAGAUGUUUGCAUUGGAGGGACAUGGCGGAUUGAGUUUUAA